AUGCAAGGUGUACAGGGAGCAUCCUCCUUCUUGAAUAGCGAUGAAGGCGCAGAUACAGAUGGAGGACACAGACAAGCGGAUAAGAGUCUGAUUGCAUUUGCUGCUGCUGAGAGAGCAGAAGAUGGCCUCGUUAGUUAUAUGGGCUCCUCACCUGCUGGAACAGCAGCAGCAGCAGCAGGAGCAGCAGCAGCAGGAGUGUCGUCUCCAGAGGCAGAGUCGGCUGCAUCAGGAGCAUCAGGAGCAGCGGGAGCUACCCCUACGACUACAUCUGCAGCAGCAGCAGCAGCAACAGAUGGAAUGAACUGGCGUCAGAUUCGACGCGGUAAGCGCCAGAAAAGCCUGCAGCGUUCUCUGCUGUUUACUCCAGCAGCAGGAGGAGGAGGAGGAGCAGCAGCAGCAGCAGCAGAUAUAGGGGGGUCUCCUGCUGCUUCUGCUGCAUUUCCUUUGGGGUAUCAUGGAUUGGGAGGCGGGUGGAAACGAGGUGUUGGAGUAGGAGGCAGCAGCAGCAACAGCAACAGCAGAGAGGGUGCUUACGGGUUUAUUGCAUGCGGCGAUCAGCAGCAAUCAGCAAAAACUAGACGUGCUGCUAUUGCUCGUUCUUUGCUGCUGGCUUUUCUUUCUGCUUUUGUUGUUAUCUGGGUUGCCAAACAAAUUCAUAUGUUUAGAUUUACUUCAAGUAACCUCACGGCUUUGCAGCAUGACUACAAGCAGCUGCAUGAAGAGCUGCAGAAGCUUUCGCAUCCCUCUGCUGCAGCAGGAACAACAGCAGCAGCAGCAGCAGAUGGUGGCGAUGCGCAGCUUCUAGAUGAGUGGAGCAGCGCACAGAGACGAAUUGAAGGUCUUAAGAAUUUAAUUGCUGCUGCACGUGAGGGCUUAGCAGCAGCAGGAGCAGCAGCACGGCCUGGUGCUGCUGAUGAAGGUGAAGAUGAAGAGGAGGGCGCUCAGCAGUUGCCGCCCAUGACAGAAGAAGCAGCAGCAACAGAAAUAAGUAAGCUAGAGAUAGAGCUUGUGCAGCUAAAGCAACAAAGAACAAACUUAGAAGCAGUAGUCAAACUUAAGGCGAGAGUAAAACAUGAAGAAGCAACAGUAGCAACGCAGACAAGCAAUGGGAUCAGUUGCCCUGAUGCCUGCAGCAACAGCAGCAGCAGCAACAGCAGCAGCAGCAGCAGCAGCGGUGAGAGCAGCAGCAGCAUCACGAAUAGUACCAGCAGCAGCAGCAGCAGCGGCGGCAGCAGCGGCAGUGGGGUGGAUCUUCUUGCGGUGUAUCUCCAGCUGCUGCUGCUUGGGAAAGUAUUUGAUGGGCUUGGAAGGAAAGAAGAAGCAGCAAAGGCGAGAGAGCUGAAAGAGAGGAUGAAGCGCAACAUUCAGCUGCUGCAGGAGACAUGUGCAGCAGCAAGUUGGAGUGAUGCUUCGGUGCUGCUGCUGCUAGAGAGAGACAAGCUGUAUGAAGAGACAACAGCAGCAAAACAACAACUAGAAAAAGCAUUAUCAACAUCUCCAAGCAAAUUAAAUAAAGUUGUUUCUGCUGCUUCUCAUUCUGUUAGCGGCUCCAAACGUGCAAUGAAAAAAGUAGGUGCUUUGCUGCGGUGGGGGUUAGGGCGUGGUGCAAGCAAAGGUGCAGCAGCAGCGGAGUCAGAGGAGACAGCAGCAGCAGCAGCAGAAGCAGCAGCAGCUAUAGCAGCAACAGCGGCAGCGCGGGAGGAGAAGCGGCAGCGGGAGAGAGAAGCAGAAGCAAAAGAGAUUGAAGCAUUAGAGGCAGAGAUUGCUGCAGCAAAUUCAUUUUUAGUCCUUGAGCAGCCGCGGCUGGUGAGGCUGCAGCAACUUGGAAGUGAAGAAUAUAAACAAUGGUUGCAAACAAAACAAGAUAAUGCAGAAGCAGAAAUAGAAAAUGCUGCGUUUGCACUCGGACGCAUAGAGUCAGCGCUGCAGUCUCCAUCAGACCCCCCGAAGCAACGAAGACCUCAUUCGAAACACCAGCAGCAGCAUCAGCAGCAGCAGCAGCUGCUGCAGCAGCAGCAGCGCCACCACGCUGGGGUUUCUCUGUCGCUCCUCUCUCAGCUGAAUAAAGCAGAGGAGGCAGCGGAAGGAGUUAUGAGUCUUUUGCGUAAAGACGGAAGCUGA